AUGGUGCUGGUCAGGAAGCUUAGCAGGCGGAUCCGGGAUGCAAGCAGAAGGUCAAGGGCUGGAGAAGGUCACAAGUCCAAGAACAGAACUGCUGUCACAGAGUUCCUGCUUGCUGGGUUAACAGAAAGCCCCAAAUUAAAAUUGGCAUUGUUUGUUUUGUUCUUUACCAUUUACACCAUGACAGUGUUCCAGAAUUCAGCACUUAUAAUACUCAUCAGUUGUGAUAAACAGCUUUAUACUCCUAUGUAUAGUUUCUUACGCCAGUUAUCGUUCAUUGACAUCUGCUACUCUUCAUCUGUCACAAUAAGGAUGCUAAUGGAUUUUGUGUCAGAUGAAAGGUCAAUAUCUUUAGCUGGAUGUGCUAUUCAGAUGGUCACUUAUGCUGGAUUUGGAGGGAGUGAGUGCCUUCUUCUGGCUGCCAUGUCUUAUGACAGAUUUGUAGCCAUUUGCCACCCAUUGACAUACAUAUAUAUCAUUAACAAGCAGAUCCUCAUGAUCCUACUACUACUUUCCUAUGUGGGUGGCUUUCUCAAUGGCUUAAUCCAGACUUGCUUCUCAUUCCUUCAUCUGGAUUUUUGUGAGCAACGACAGUACAUUCAACAUUUUUACUGUGACGUAAUUGCGCUAAUUGAGACUUCUUGUGGUGACACAAGACUUAAUGAAAUAAUCCUCUUCUCUUUUGUAGGCUUUAUUGAGCUUUCUUCUCUGUUUGUAAUCCUGUUGUCUUACUUAUGCAUAAUAAGAUCUGUUUUAAAAAUCCGUUCUUCCAAUGGGCCUAAGAAAGCUUUUUCUACUUGUGCGUCUCAUCUAACAGUUGUAACUUUAUUUUAUGGAACUAUCAUAUUUAUGUACCUUAGACCUUCAUCUGACUACAGUCCAGAGCAAGACAAAGUUAUUGCUGUGUUUUACACUGUAAUUAUUCCUUUCCUUAACCCAUUAAUAUACAGUCUAAGGAAUCGUGACAUAAAGGCUUCUGUAAAAAAAGUUUGGGGUUUACUUCAUUCAGAAAAUGGAAAAGCCAAUGAUGAAGACUACGACUUCCUUCUUGCCCAAGACUGCCUUCUCCUGCACCAUUCAUGGAGACCACUGCCCUCGCAGACCACCAUCAGCAGACUAGGAAGAACAUCGGGUGCUUGUAAGGGUGCCAAUAGUUGCAGGUACGCCCUGGAGAUAAACCCCUUCUUCUCAGUGUCGUCAAAGACCGAACCCAAGAAGCGGGAGACAACUGCCCCUUUAGUGGACAGACCUACCCCAAACACAUCUCCGGCAACCUACCAUCAUGCCCAAGUCUCAGAGAUCCCCUCUGAGAAUGAAGAUCAAGAGGUGUCGACAGGGUUUGACUUUUGCCUGGUUGAGCCUUUUGCUCGAUCAGUAAAGGAAGCAAUUGGCGGUGAAGAGGAUAAGGAGGAACCUCAAAAGUUUCGGAAAUAUUUCCCAGAAUUAAAGAGGGAACCCAAAUGCUUUCCCUUUAUCAACAAACUGGAAGAUCUCAUAAAGGAUGAAUGGGAAAGGUCCGAUAAGCGGCCUAGUCUUAGUAAUCAGCUGGCCAAGAUGUACCCCUUAAAAGAGUCCAAGGUCGAUGCCCUGAUUAACGCACCCGUCGUCGACUCAUCCUUAAUGCGCCUGGCCAGACACAUCACUCUACCGUUCGAGGACGCAGUUACCUUUUCGGGACGUACUUGA